AAAAUACACUUUGUAAGAUUAGAGUAAGUUAGUACACACUGGCUUAUGAUAGCUAGUUUUACCGCCUUUAGUUGACGCAAAAUACCUAGCUAGCUAUUUUGGGAGUUAGCCGUAGCCGCAACUGUCUAGGAUCACAGAACGGGAAGAUGACUUGAGUACGACUCAAAUUUUUGCCUGAUAGAAAAGUCCAGUGAGAAAAAGAUCAUACGUAGUAUACACGAGAUUAAACAGUUCUGCCAAGACAAAAUGAGACCUGUGAUUAACAUGUUAAAGGCCAACUUACUUUUAAAAAUUAAUUUGAACUUUUAAAGCCAUAAUUUUUUUAAGGAUGCACAGACAGCCUGACAUCAAAUACAUUAUUUGAUGUCAUUAUUUUCUUCACGUAACUUUACUCACCUGUAGCAUUUUUGGCACUCAUCUCUUGAGUGAUAAUUUUGAAAAAUUAGCUUAUUUUGAUAUUUUAUUACAAUCUUUUCAAAUUAUGACUUCAUCAAAAGGAGGUAACAAACCCCUAUAAAGACACAUGAAUUUUAUUAGUAUUUCCUUCAUUUUUUGCAUUUUUAACACAAAAACAAGCAGACAGAAAAAAACUAGUGAACAAGUUACAUAUACCAGCUGCCACACAAAAGAAAACACUCAUAAAAACCUGUCAUAUAAACAGGGGCAUAUAAGCUUCUUUAUGUAUAAUGUGGUUUAGACAUAAGUGCUGGACAUCACAACUAAGAUGUUUAGUGAUUACAAGAAACACAGAAUCUUGCAUCAUACAGUGAUGAUGAUGAUGGAAGAGGAGGGGAAAGGGAGGAGGAAAAGUGAAGGGGGAAAAAGGUAAUAGGAGGUAGAGAAGGGAGGCAACAAUGAGAGAGCAGAGAAAUGUAAAGGAGGGAGUGUAGCAGAGAGAUGCAGCUCAGAAUACAGAGCUUAGUAGGCAAAAAGAAGCAGAUUGAGCAAGUCUUUAAGGUUUAGAGAGUUUUGUGAACUCCAUCCUGACAGAUGGACGGCCCGGACAGGGUUGAACUCUGCUACCCCCAGCACCCAAAUAGCUCCUGCAGCGGUCUGAAGCGACCUCCCUCCGAGGCCGUCCUGCUGUACACGCUGCUCUCCUCCGUCACCGUGGUCACCGUCGCUCUGAACCUGCUGGUCAUCGUCUCCAUCUCCUACUUCCGGCAGCUGCAGAGCCCGACCAACACGCUCGUGCUCUCCCUGGCCACCUCAGACCUCCUGGUGGGGCUGCUGGUGAUGCCGGUGGAGGCGGUGCGGUUCAUCGAGCCCUGCUGGCUGCUGGGCGACGUCAUGUGCGCCCUGUCUUACAUUGUCGGCUUCACGCUCACCUCGGCCUCCGUGGGCAACAUGGUGCUCAUAUCGAUAGACCGCUACGUGGCCAUAUGUUUCCCCCUGCAGUACCCCAGUAAGAUCACUCGCAGCAGAGCGGAGGUGUCUGUGAGCCUGUGCUGGGCCUGCUCUCUCCUCUACAACGGCCUCAUCUUAAAAGACCACCUCAGGCAGCCGGACAGGUACAACUCCUGCUACGGGGAAUGCCUGGUGGUCGUCAGCUACAUCUCCGGAACCAUAGACCUAGUCUUCACCUUUAUCGCGCCCUGCUCGGUUAUCGUCUUGCUGUACAUGAGGGUGUUUGUGGAGGCGGUGUCGCAGGCCCGGGCCACGCGCUCUCACGUUACAGCUGUCACGGUCAGGGUCACGGCGAAGAAAUCCGAGCAGAAAGCAGCCAGAUCUCUUGGCAUUAUUAUAUUCAUGUUUCUGGUGACUUUCUGUCCGUAUUACUACCCGUCUCUCGCAGGUCAAGACAUCUCCAACAGUGCCUCGUCUUGGGCCAUUGUGUCCUGGAUGGUGUAUUUUAAUUCCUUCUUGAAUCCGCUUGUAUACGCCUUUUUCUAUCCCUGGUUCAGAAAAAGUAUUUCUUUAAUUGUGACUUUGAAGAUCCUAAAACAUGACUGCUCUCAGACAAACAUGCUUUAACAAGACCCAUUUCUAAGACGGCAUUUGUUUCGAUAAAAACGUAAAAGAACAAAUUUAGAUAAACAUUCAUAACUAAUGAAAGCUUACUAAUAAAGAAAAUUGGUUGAAUGUAAGAAUUUAAUUGGGUUUCUUUAGCAAACUGAAAUAUUCUCUUUUCAGAAACCGGUCUCAUUUCCCGCUCCAGGUGAGGAGUCAGUUGUUUUCUGCAGCUUUUUGUCUUUGUUUGGUGAUCUGCUCUCUUUCAACACAGCUGGAAAGUCAGACGAAAACAUCUACA